UCGCGGGACGAAACAGGGUAACGGCAGCAUAAGAGUUUCGGAUUUCGGCGGUCCGUAGCUCAGUAUGCAAUUUUGCCUCGAUCGGUGCGGUUCCAUUUGUGAGCUCGUGUGUUCGCGCGCAUUGGAUGAAUUUCGGUCGGGCCGGUUCGGGGUGUGUGUGUGUGUGUGUGUGCUCUCGCCACGCCGGGUUUGCUUCGGAGCGCCAGUCUAGCCGUCCCGCUUGCACCACCGCUCGCCACUGCCGAGCAUAACCAGCAUAACCAUAGCAUAAGUGCGCGAUCGUGUCUGUGAUUGAUGUUCGCUCUCCCGGGAGGAGGAGUAGGACUUUCUUUUUCUUUCGACGCUUCUGCUCACGCCGUCCGUUCGUACGUCGGUCUGUGGUGCGUGUUCGACCAGCGACUCUAGCUCGUGGCAGUUAGCAUCCUUGCGUUUAUGGUGCAGGACCGGUAAGCCCUACGGUGUGUGCAUGAUCCCGGAUGCGUGAAAGUGUACCGUGUGCGGAGAGUGUGUACGUGGGUAGCGGAAUGUUUCUCGAAAGUGGCCCCUGAAGCGCACAAUGUUGAUCAGUGAUAAUGUUGAGCAAUGCAAUUGUUGAUCGUGAUCGUGGUUGUUCUUUAGUACGAGCGGAUCGGCACUAAAUAAUGCUGUCGGUGAUGAUGAGUUUCGCACGCCAGUACCGGUGUCAGUCGUUUUGCUAGCAACAAUCAAAGUUGGUGAGAAGUAGCGAAGGGCUUGCGGUUUGUUUUUCUUUUUGUUGGUGCCGGGUUAUUCGAAAGUUUUUUCCUUGGAACACGUGUGUGUGUGAUUUUAAGUGAAGUGAAGCGGAAAGCUAAUCGGGAGGCCUUAGUAACUAGAAAGCCAGUUAGUGCGCAAAGGAAAAACAAAACACCUCAAAACUCCCUCAAAACCUCAAACAGAGUGUCCAGCAAUCGGUGCAUUCGUCCAGUGCGUCAGAAGUUAGUGAGUGAAUCCAGCAACAUGAAUCUAGUGACGGUGUUUAUGGUGUGUCUGAUGGCCAUCAGUGCCUGGGCGGAGGUGGAAAGCAAAUCAAAGCCCGGCCGGGGACGAGGCUCAAUGUGGUGGGGCAUCGCAAAGGCGGGCGAACCGAACAACAUUUCACCGCUAGCGCCCGGCAUGACGUAUCUCGAUCCAGCCAUCCAUGCGACGCUGCGCCGCAAGCAGCGCCGCUUGGCACGCGAAAAUCCGGGCGUUCUGGCCGCGAUCGCCAAGGGCGCAAAUCUGGCCAUCAACGAGUGUCAGCACCAGUUCCGGACGCGGCGCUGGAACUGCUCGACGCGCAACUUCCUGCGCGGCAAGAACCUUUUCGGCAAGAUCGUUGAGCGAGGUUGUCGUGAAACGGCAUUUAUCUAUGCGAUCACCAGCGCAGCAGUAACGCACAGUGUGGCACGGGCGUGCAGCGAAGGUUCGAUCGAAUCGUGCACUUGCGAUUACUCCCACCACAACCGUGAACCACAGCCGAUGAACAAUAUGGGUGCGGUCGCCGGGGUCGGCGAUUGGGAGUGGGGCGGCUGCAGUGACAACAUCGGCUUUGGCUUUAAGUUUUCCCGCGACUUUGUCGACACCGGCGAGCGGGGCCGCACGUUGCGCGAAAAGAUGAACCUGCACAACAACGAGGCUGGCCGAGCGCACGUACAGGCGGAAAUGCGGCAGGAGUGCAAGUGCCACGGUAUGUCCGGCUCGUGCACGAUGAAAACGUGCUGGAUGCGGCUGAACAGCUUCCGGACGAUCGGCGACAUCCUGAAGGAUCGGUUCGACGGUGCAUCGCGCGUCAUGGUCAGCAACAGUUUGCGCAGUACCAGCGUGAACGAGAACACGCUCACGAAUCGGGCCGGUUCGAACAAUCUCAAGACGAACACGAACAGCGUUGGCGGUGCGAGCCCGAACAGCGUGCUGAGCAAUUCGUUUCACGCCCGUGGCCACCAGCAGAAGCGAGUUAAUCGGUACAACUUCCAGCUGAAACCGUACAACCCUGAGCACAAACCGCCGGGUUCGAAGGAUCUGGUGUAUCUGGAACCGUCGCCCGGCUUCUGCGAGCGUAAUCCGCGGCUCGGCAUCCAGGGUACGCACGGACGCCAGUGUAACGACACCUCGAUCGGGGUGGACGGUUGUGAUCUGAUGUGCUGCGGCCGGGGCUACCGGACGCAGGAGGUGACGGUGGUGGAGCGCUGCUCCUGCACCUUCCACUGGUGCUGCGAGGUAAAGUGUAAGCUGUGUCGGACGAAAAAGAUCAUCCACACGUGCCUGUAAGGACCUGCGCCCCUGUCUGGACGGAACGUUCGGUUUCGGUUGGCCCAUGCGCGCGACCCCAGUCCUUCUGCUGCGGUCGAACGCGGUGAAUCAUAAUCAUCGUCCGGCAUCGGCUAUCGUUUGGGGUCCGGCGUUGUCGAGCAGUCUCCCUGGCUACUCCGCUUCUGCUGCUUCUGGGCCUUCCUUAUCUUAAAUAUUCGACUUUUGUUUUACGUAAAUGUGUAUAAUGGACGAUGGCGACCGUGGUUGUCGCGGGCUGGGGUUGUUUUGUGGAAUGUAGCGCCUGGGGAGGGAUUAAUAAUCUCAUCUCGCGCUAGCUGGGAGUGUGGCGUUGCCGGAGAACAGGAUUUAUCGUUCGAAGACGAUCGAAGUGGGCAAGCGUUUCGCUUUCGAUAAAGGAAGAACCUUGACGGCGGGUCUGAAGAUAGACAGCCACCACAGUGACUUGCGACCCGAUACGCAGAAUGUGGAGCAAAGGUUCCGUGACAAACAAGUCCAGACAGGCAUAGGCAUUUGUAAAUAGAUUUUUUAUUUGUGUAAUUUUGUACUCUUAUCAUACAUUCUACUUGAUUCUCUCUUCUCCGCUAAAACCGUCUUUACUUACCUUCUUUUGCACAAUAUCGCCACCCGCAGUAAAGGGUUAAAGUUUUGGUGCUAGCUUUCAGCUUUAUCUGAGUGACUGUUUAGGGCUUAUUAACUACCAAAAAUGUAGCACAAAAUUUAACCUCACCAAUACGUACGAACUUUUGCGAGCCGAUGAACAAAAAACCGAUAGGAAAACAAGGCAGCAAGAAAAGUCUUACAAGCUCUUGGUUGGCUUUGCUGACUGCAAAAGUGACAGAACUUUAGAGAAUGAGAUAGGGGUUUUUUCGGGCAAAAGUCGGCACUAGGUAAACCAAAUUUUUUUUUUUCAAUCAUCCUUGUUCGGCACCAUUUUCGGCAUGACUCGGUUCAGUUUCUAGGUAGUUAACUUAUUAAAUUUGCUUACUUAAAGAAAAUGUUUUGUAAAGCCGUAGGUAAAAGAGAGUCGCGUUGGCGAGAGGAAAACAAAUUGUUUUGCAGUAUUAUAUCAGUCAGGAGCUGUCCACUAGAAAAAGGAAACAUAAAGGCCUCCUCCCUUUCCCCUCACCCCCCUUCUUCCCCUCCCCAUAUCAAGCGGUGCCAGUUAAGGUGUGUGUGUGUACAGUAGUGGUAGGGCGAAUGCAGAAGAAAAAUGGUGCGCAAACGAUAUCCCAGUUAUUUUUUAACGUUUUAAGCAUCGUUGUGGCUUCGAUGCAUAAGUGUAUGUGUGUGUUUGUGUGUGUAUGUAUGAUGGAUAAAAUUUUAACCCCCUGUUAGGUUUAACGCCAGCCAGCGAUGGUAAAGUUGUACAUAGAGCGGAACAAUAUAUAGGUGUGUAAGUGACAUGGUGGAAAGUGGAAACAAAACAGCAAACCAACACACAAUGCAACAGAAAACAAAACAAAGGUUUACAAAAUUCUAUUCCAACCACAAAAACAAAGGAAAAUGAAAAAAAUAACCCCCAAAAAACUGAAACAAAUCAAACUCAGAAGAGAAAAAAAACGACGAAAGUGUAGUAGCAAAACGAGAAUCCUGAAAGACUGAAUAGAAAUUAACGCGCCAAAAAGGUUUUUGCUGUUUAUUUUGUUGUGGAUGUGUGUGUGUGUUAGAAAGAGUGACAGUGAGCUAGAACAGAGCGUAGUUUAGUGUAUGUGUGUAUGUAAUUGAUAUGUAGUAGUUGUCCUAUCUGCGAUAUAAAAAUACAUCGAGUGGUUCGUUAGGAAAUGUGACAGUUUGAAGCGAUCCUCGUGCAGCUGGGUGAUUAUCUGGGUGAUCUGGGAGCGUGAUCAUAUAGGUCGUGGAGACAGAAGGAUGUGCUCUCAAAAGGGGUGCUCACAAUCAAUCGGAGAAACCACGUAGCGCGAGACCAAGGGAUGGCUUUACUUUUGGGCUCGUUUUGCCAACGUCUGUUGCUCUGUUUGAAGCGCUCCUAACCUCUCUUUUCAUGUGGUGGGAAGAUUGAAUUUCGUUUCCUAACAGAGUGAAGGGUAAGCUUUUCCUGAAGUACCUACCACACGAUCCUCAAUAUCCUCACGAAAUAUCGUUCGACACUCAACAUCUUCGAACGGGGAAAGUUUGGUUCUUCGCGGACUCUUGCGGACCCUCUAUUCAGAAACACUUCCAUCUUCAAUCUUCCCACUACAGCCACACAGAGAGACGGGUGCCAUUGGUGAGUGCCAUUUUGUACCAUCGGCUGUGAAGCGUAUCGGUAUCGUUGCGAACCCAUCCCCAGCGAGAAACCCACGCACUUUUCGAUUCAAACCUGAAGCAUGACGCGCUGCGGGCCACUCGGCGUAGCUAGCGAGAAUGAGUGGGGGGAGGAUGGCAAAAUGCUCCCAUUCGUAGUCGAAAACGCUCGACUCUUCCUUCGUACGUGUAUGUGUAUGCAAAUGUUCGUGUACAAGCCAACCAACCUAACCAGAGAUACAGUCCUUCAGCUCUUGCGUUGGUAAUACAUAAAAGAAGCAGGCAUUUAGCGGUAAGAUGUUUAGUGAGCAGUUGGUAAAAUUGUUUUAUAUUGUUCGUAAGCUGUAAGCAGGGUGAGCACAACAGCCUGGAGCUAAGCGAAUGCCCCGUCUUGAAUGUGCUAGUAGUAGCGUGUAAGCAGAGUAGCAUUUUUUAUACACGUGUACGUAUUACUAAUUAAUAUUGGUGUUUCUGUGUCAUCCGGCAAAACCCUGCAAGCUAUCUGUACUAUUUUGUGUAUUGCUUAAGUAAUUUAUUAACACCGCUUCCGAAACGCACAGAGAUCAUACAGAGCUUAUUAAACAAUCGAGGAAACGGAGCACGAUCUUUCUAUGCUUUAUGGUGAAGCGUACGCUUCCAUGCGCUUCCAUUCCGUGGGAGCAGGCAGUAUUUGUGGCUUCGCUUGUGUGUAAAUAGUCGCUUUUUAAGUAGAUCGCCCGUUCUGUUUGGUAAGAACGCAGCCGCAAGCUCACAGGAUGAGGAAAGCUAACGAGGACGCUUCUUAGAUUAGUAGCUCGAUUAAGCAGGCAAUCAAAACAAAUCCCCCCGCUUCGAACAGGGCUGGACCAGCUAGCCAGCGGAAGAAACAGAAAACUUGAAAACUUGUUAUGUUAGAAGCGUUCGCUGGAGGUGGAAGUUGAGGUGAAAACGAGAGAUGUAACGCUUUGUGAAGCCUUUGAUUUGUACCACUACGGAUGUAAAACGGAGCGGCAUGAACGUCUUGUAAAAACUGAAGGAACGAAAAGUUGUGCGGGCGUGCAGCGAAAUUAACUGAUAAUAAAAUGGAAAAUAAUCAAAACAAUCU